AUGCGAUCUGCCCUUCUCUUACAAUUGGCCUUUGGGCUACUGGCCGUUGACUCUGCCGCUGCAAGCCCUUGCAGGCCAGGCACGACGACAACUGCCGUCACCUCGACUGCUUCCUACGAGACAUCGUCGAGCAUGGCGGGAUCAACCACUUCGGUUGCAUCAUCCGCGUCCUCAACUACUGAAUCUUCAGUCGAGACGUCUGCAUCGUCUACCAUCUCGGAGGGAAUUUCCAUAUUUUCAACUACCACCGAAACAUCUGCAUCCUCGGCUAGUGAGACGACUGCAUCAUCCUCCACCACAGAGGCCACAACCACCUCGACAACUUCAACUGCACCGACCGUCACCUUUAGCAUCGUUGCAACCGGCUCAGGUCCAGUCGAAGGCGAGAACCUGGAGACCUACGACCGUUCAAACAAUGUGGCGGUUUUCGGGCAAUCUUUUGACACCUCGGCUCGGCCCUUCUACAUCGACGCUCAGGGGCGACUGAUCAACGACCAAGACUUCUAUCUCUGCGGGUUCUACGACGGAUCAAAUGAAACUCCUAACGUUCCCGCCGAGGUUGGCACAUGUGUCGACGAAUCCCCAAUGGCCCGCGUCUUUCUGAAGUGUCAGACCACGGCCGACCUCCAGCUCACCUGCUCUAUCCCCGCCAUAAGCUGCGUCGGCGACCCCAAUGCUUUCUUUGGAACAGACCCUAUUUGCGUGCCGGCUGAUGUGUCUUCGGUUGUCACCGAUUCAACGAUUGCCACCAGGACCACAACGACGCCCAAAACUUCGACUGAGCCUGGCUGGGGAUCUAUCCCCACGUUCAGCGUCCUCGCAACCGGCCAGGGUCCCGUUGAAGGCAAGGGCCUGCGAACAUACAACCUGGAUGGCUUCUCAGCUUCUUUCGACACCGACUUCGGUCUUGAAGUACAUCCGUUCACCAUCGAUGGCCAGGGAAGGAUAGCCUACGGCCAAGGCUGGUACCUCUGCGGGCAAUACGCCGGAACUGUUUACGACCCCAACGUCCCCGCCGAGGUCGUCACCUGCGACAGCGAGCAGCCAUUGACACGGGCUUUCCUGACCUGUGCGCAAACUGAGAAUGGAAAUGUUACGUGCUCCAUACCGGCCGUCAUCUGCGAGGUCCAACCAGGUGAUCUAUUCUUUGCAACUUGCGAACCAGCUCCUGGUACAUGGAACAAUUUGUAUGCCAGGACCGCGGGGUCGGGCUACAUUUUGAACAUUGGAGACAGUAGCGCUCCUGACUACUACUGCCCUAUUGAGUUGAGUGUCGAGGCUGCUUAG